AUGAUGGGAUCGUCGUUCUCAUCUUCUGCGGCCGGAAUCCAGCCUUGGUGGGUUCAAUACGAUGUUCAGAAGGCCGGAGUCUCCGCCGCAGCUAUCAGCCUCAGAACAACAGCCGGUUCUCUUCGCAUUGACUACCUUCUCCGCUCCUUCUUCAAGAAAUUUCUUCAUCUCAAUCACAUACCUAGAGCGAAGGAUUUAUGGUGUGAGAAAGCAUCCCAAAUUCAGGACUUCAAUUUACUCAAAACCUCAAACGAUUUAUUCACUUCCACCAGUGCAUAUUACCUUUGUCUUCUCCAUGGGACUGAAGAAGAAAAGAAUUCUGGAACUAAAAAACAAACGCAUUCGGAGACAUCUGGAAGAAAACCAUCUGGUGGAAGACUGUGCACAAACGUUCUUCUUGCUGUUAAUGUUCUAGUUUUUGCAGCUCAAAUUGCAACAGACGGAAAGCUACUGUUUAUGGGAGCUAAGGUCAACAGCCUCAUUGACAGAGGGGAAAUAUGGAGAUUGGUGACCUCUUCAUUUUUGCAUUCUGGCUUUUUGCAUCUCAUGGUUAACUGUUAUUCUUUGAAUUCAGUUGGCCCUACCAUUGAGAGUCUUAUUGGACCAAAGAGAUUUCUAGCAGUCUAUUUCACCUCUGCAAUUGCAAGUUCGGCAACAAGUUAUUGGCUGUGCAAAGGCCCCUCAGUUGGUGCCUCCGGAGCAGUCUUCGGAUUAGUUGGGUCCCUAGCUGUGUAUGUCAUGCGACAUAAACCCAUGAUACAAGGUGGCAAACAGGAACUACAGUACAUAGCACAAAUGAUAAUCCUAAAUAUGGUUAUUGGUCUACUUAACCCGCAAAUUGACAACUGGGGCCACUUAGGAGGGUUGCUUGGUGGGAUCGCUACAUCAUGGGUGGUUGGACCUGCCUGGACAUUGGACUAUCUGUCCAAAGAUGGCCGCAGAGUUUUCAUCGACAGGGCACCCCUCAAAUCUCUCACCACAAGAAAGGGAAACGGGGUCCCCUAG